AUGGCUCCCGCUAACCUCCCCUCCAUCUUCAAUGCCACCAGCCAGGACAUUGAGCAGCUCCUCGCUGCUCAGUGCCACAUCGGCUCCAAGAACUUGGGUGUCCAUGCGCAGCCCUACCUCUGGAAGACUCGCGCCGACGGUGUGAACAUCAUCAACAUCGGCAAGACCUGGGAGAAGAUCGUUCUCGCUGCCCGCAUCAUCGCCGCCAUUGACAACCCGAGCGAUGUCUGCGUCAUCUCUGCCCGUCCCUACGGUCAGCGUGCCGUCCUCAAGUUCGCCGCCCACACCGGCGCUCAGGCCAUUGCUGGUCGCUUCACCCCCGGUUCUUUCACCAACUACAUCACCCGGUCGUUCAAGGAGCCCCGCCUGAUCGUUGUCACCGAUCCCCGCACUGAUGCCCAGGCUAUCAAGGAGGCUUCGUACGUCAACAUCCCCGUCAUCGCCCUCUGCGAUACCGACUCUCCCACCGAGUACGUCGAUGUUGCCAUCCCCACCAACAACAAGGGUCGCCACUCCAUCGGUCUCGUCUGGUGGAUGCUCGCCCGUGAGGUCCUCCGCCUCCGCGGCACCAUUUACAACCGCGAGGCUCCCUGGGACGUUAUGGUCGAUCUCUACUUUUACCGCGACCCCGAGGCUGAGGCUGAGGAGAAGGUCGAGGAGGAGAAGCUCCCCGGCGUUGAUGAGGAGGGUGUUGCCGCCAUCGAGUCCGGCUUCCCCGCUGCUGGUGGUGACUGGGAGGCUGCUCCCGCUGCCUUCCCCGCUGCCGGUGCUGCCACUGGUGAGUGGUCCGAGGCCCAGGGUGCCCAGUGGGAGACUGGCACUGGUGCUCCCGCUGCCGACUGGGCUGCUGAGCCCGCCAAGGAGUCUUCGUGGUAG